UUUAACCGAAAAACAAAAAUGGUCGCGUCUAGAGGGGAUUCGAAUAUGAGAAAAUAGACAUAAUCCCAGCCAUACAUGUUUAUGUAAGGUUUAUAAUGCGGAAAACGCAACGAAAAAUGGGAAACGCAUUGAGAUUGUAAGACUUCCAAGAGGUUCAAUACACAAGUUCCAAGAGUACACCAGCUAACUACUAAGUGCCGUUUACGUAGCUAGCAUUAGCUAGAUUAGGUAGCCUUUUCCAAAUAAAAAUAUACAUUAUGAGCAAGUAACUUUAUAUUACAGUGUCAAGGUGAAGACGUUAGACACCUUUGGAGCUCAUGAAUUUCAACAAGGCAACGUUACCUUGGACGGUUCUGCUAGAGUUUCUUGCAGUUUUCAACCUACGUUAGCCAGCCAGCUAAGUUAGCUAGUUUGUUAUCGCGAUACUGGAAUCCAGUCGGGGAAUAACGCCCAGGUCGUAGCUGGACAGCUAAAAAACACGAUAGUUCGUGAAAGUUUACCUGAAAUCAGCUAUAUAAAAUAGCUAACGUUACCCACGUCCAAAAAAUCAAAACGAAGCAAGCCCAAUUUUAGGAUUGGAUACAUGUACACUGGCAGUUUGGAGGUGAGUGUUAGGCAGAAGACUGACAGUGGCAGUACAUGACUGUGAAUCUUCAGUGAGUCAGACGGGUUCCUCUGGCCCUGUGGCGGCCCCCUGUUCUCCCCCCGUUACUCUCCACUCGCCCCCUGGUGCAGAGUGAUGACCUCACAGCAACACCCUCUCCCCCACGCCAACACCAACCCUCCCCUGCUCAUCCCCCGGACCUCGUCAGCCAGUCAGGGCAGACUUCCCCCACAGCCCAGCCAAUCGGACUCCUCCCACAGCACCUCCGCUGUCUCCGCCCCCAACCAAGGUGUCAGCAUGGGGGGCGUGGCCUCAUCGUCCUCCCCCGGAGGUUCUAGCGGAGCGACUGCAAACAGGGGCGUGGCCUCGGCGGCCGCCGCCUUGGCGUUGUCGCGGCGGUGUCGGCCGGGCCGGUUCGAGCCCUGGCCAGAGGAGGCCGUGGACGGCGCCUACGGCCUUUACUCCCUCCACGGCAUGUUCGACAUCGUGGGAGCCCAGCUGACGCACCGCGACGUGCGCGUGCUGUCCUUCCUGUUCGUGGACGUCAUCGACGAGUACGAGCGCGGGGGCAUCAGGAGCGGCCGGGACUUCCUGCUGGCGCUGGAGCGGCAGGGCCGCUGCGACGAGACCAACUUCAGACACGUGCUGCAGCUGCUGCGCAUCAUCACGCGCCACGACCUGCUGCCCUACGUCACGCUGCGCAAGAGGCAGACCGUGUGUCCGGACCCUGUGGAUAAGUACUUGGAGGAGACGUCAGUACGCUAUGUGUCCCCCAGAGGGGUGGGGGAGAGCAGUGGGGUCCCGCCCCACAGGAGGGCAGGACCCCAGCCUGUGAUCCACUGCUCCCCGUCCGGGGCUCAGGUGUGUCCCUCGCACAGCAAGCCCGGCCCGGCCCCCUCUGCCCGCCGGCGGAAGAGAGUGCACGCGGCCGCAGACUGCCGUGAGAAGCAGACCUGCGAUAUCCGGCUCCGGGUGCGAGCGGAGUACUGCCAGCACGAGUCGGCGCUCCAGGGCAACGUCUUCUCCAACAAGCAGGAGGCGCUGGAGAGGCAGUUUGAGCGCUUCAACCAGGCCAACACCAUCCUGAAGUCCCGCGACCUGGGCUCCAUCAUCUGCGACAUCAAGUUCUCCGAGCUCACCUACCUGGACGCCUUCUGGCGCGACUACAUCAACGGCUCCCUGCUGGAGGCCCUGAAGGGCGUCUUCAUCACCGACUCGCUCAAGCAGGCCGUGGGCCACGAGGCCAUCAAGCUCCUGGUCAACGUGGACGAGGAGGACUACCAGGCCGGCCGGCGCAAGCUGCUCCGCAACCUGGUGACCGCGGGGGGCUCGGGCGGGAGCAGGGAGAGCACGUCCUAACCCCCGAGACAGAAGGGGGCGCCACAGAGUGUUUUGCGGUGCUGUUCUUUCCUCCGAGGGGUGGGGGGGGGCAUAUUGCUCUGAACCCCAAGGAAGCAUCGGGGCGAGGAACAGGGACAAAGGAAGGCUUCCGGAAAGUAACGGUAGAGUGAGGCUUCACAAAUCCCAAAACGGGCAGAGCCAUCUUGUGUUAUCAGUGAAUGAUUUCAACUAAUGGUCUUUUUUUUUUGCUACAGAGAGCAAAGUAUUUUGGUUGGUUCAUGCAGACUCAUGAUUGACAUCACAUGUAAGCUCCGCUCAUUAAGGGAUUUGGUGAAUCGCUCCUACGCCCUCACUCUUCAUCUGAGGUGUGGUGUGCUAGAAGUUCCUGGGAGGAAGUGUGUCAUGUUUUUGGGCUGGUGACAGUAAGUGACUCACACCACUGCAUUGCUGUAGGUUAUUGCCAUAGAGUUGUGUGACCUAGGACUGCUCUCUUCAACUCCCAACCCACUAACGCAAACCACAGAAAUCAUGUGCGGGUGGAAAAGUCGUUGUUUUCAUUGGUUGACAUUCAACACAAUGGUGAGAGGCUAGACUGUUGUGGGAAAAAAAACUGUGAUUGUAAAUUGCAUUUUUAUGUAAAUUUCCUUUGAAUGCUGUUUAGCAUUAUGGAGAUGUUUAACGGUUUCUUCUCUUCAGAUUUUAUUUGCUUGAGGGUCAUCUUUGUGGUCUGUGAUACAGUCAAGUGGUGCACACUGUAAAUAUGUCCAUUUUUAAAAAAACCUACAGUAAAAUCUUACAAGCUA